AUGGAGGCAGCCGAAGAGGUCCGCAUUGUGGGUAUAUGGGGAAUGGGAGGAAUUGGUAAGACAACUAUUGCCCGAGCCUUGUUUAACAGAAUUGCUCAUAAGUUUGAGGGUAGUAGCUUUGUUUGUGAUGUUAGAGAGAAUAGCUCUAGUAAAAAAGAUAUGUGCACCUUACAAGAAAGGAUUCUGAAUGAUAUUCUAGGGGAGUGUCAUGGGUACAAGAUAAAGGAUCGUGAUCAGGGAGCCGGAAUAAUACAAGAAAGAUGUUGCAGAAAGAAGGUUCUUCUUGUUCUCGAUGACGUGAAUGAUGUCUCGCAAUUAGAAUUCCUAGCUGCAGAACGUGAGUGGUUUGGUUCAGGAAGUAGAAUCAUUAUAACCACCAGGGAUCAACAUUUGUUAUCAUAUGCUAAUGCUGAUGACAAGUACAGACCUGCUCUUUUACGUACAAAUCAAGCUCUUGAACUUUUCAGUAGGCAUGCUUUCAGGAAAAGUAGCCCUCCAGAUCAGUAUAUCGAUCUCACCAAUCGUGGAAUACAGUAUACACAUGGUCUCCCUCUGGCCUUGAAAGUUUUAGGUUCUUUUUUAUGUGGAAGAGAAGCUGGUGUGUGGGGAAGUGCUUUGGAUACCCUAGCAAAAACACCAAGCGCUGAGGUUUUUGAUACACUAAAGUUAAGUUUUGAUUAUCUAAAUGCAUUUGAGAAACAAAUAUUCCUAGACAUUGCAUGUUUCUACAAGGGGGAAGAUGUAGAUAAUGUUACUAGAAUACUUGAUAGCUUUGGUUUUGACCCGGUUAUAGGGAUUAGCGUUCUUGUUGAUAAAUCUCUCAUAGCUAUCUCAGAAAAUAAACUAGCUAUGCAUGAUCUCAUACAAGAAAUGGGUCGGAAAGUGGUUCAAGCAACUGCUCCGAAUAGCAGGAUAUGGGAACUCGAAAAGAUCCACGAUUUAAUCAAGGAUAAGGAACUAGAAAUGGUUGAGGGCAUAGUGAUGCCAAGGGAUCGUGAUGUUGACUUGAACCAGAGUGCGAGUGCUAAUGUUUUUAAAAGCACAAAGAAUCUUCGGGUACUCGAUUGUUAUGGAAAAUUCACUUCUUGUGAACCUAGCUUUCUCCCUGAUGAGUUACGAUGGUUUUGUUGGAGUCACUACCCAUUCUCUUCUCUCCCUGUUGCACACAUGAGUAAGCUUGUUGGGCUUCAAAUGUACCGGGCCGAAAUUAAACAUCUCUGGAAGGGGAAAAAGGUAUAUAGUACAUGGAAUCCACUUUCUUAUUUUGCAUCAGAAGUUUCUUUGAAUAAAAAUGUAAGCUUAAAAUUCAUUGAGCUUCGAUGGUGUAAAUCCCUGACAAAGUUUCCAGAUGUAUCAGCGGCACCAAAUCUCGAGAGUUUGGAUUUGUCAUUUUGCAGCAAUCUGGUGGAGGUUGAUGAGUCUGUUGGGAGUCUGAAAAGGCUUCUGUAUUUGGACAUGAGAGGUUGCUAUGAACUCUGGCAUCUCCCAUCUAUGCUCCAGAUGGAUUCCUUGGAGACUCUCAUUCUAACUUUGUGUGAGUCUCUUAGAAGAAUUCCAGAAUUCUCGCCAUGUAUGGUUAAUCUAUCUAAAUUAGAUAUGAGUCAUUGUUCUAAUAUAAAAGAAGUUCAUUCGUCCCUAAAAUAUCUCUCGAACCUAAGCUACUUGGAUCUCAGUUACUGUAGUAAGCUUAAGAACAUUCCAACCUUAAUUUGGGAGUUUAAGUGUUUGAACACCCUUGGCCUUUGUGGUAGUUGGAAACUGGGGAAAUUGCGAGAUAAUUUUCAAAGCAUGGAAAGUUUGAAAGAGCUUCACAUUAAAUCCUUUCAUAUUCAUGCUCUGACCAAUUCAUGUUACUUGAGAAAGUUAUAUCUUUAUGGUCCUUUGGGAAACGAUGAUUUCCCCAAAAAUCUACAUGGGCUUUCCUCCUUGGAAGAAUUACAUAUAAGUUGCAAUCCUAAAUUAGUCCAAUUACCUGAAAGCAUCUCUCAUCUUUCUAAUCUUAGAUACCUUGUGAUCGGGCGUUGUAACGGACUUCAAGCUUUACAUGGCUUCCCACCAGGAAUACAAAGAUUGACAGUACAAUGCUGCGAUUCACUGGAAAAGAUUGAAGAUUUGUCAAAAGAGUACGAGUGUUUGAAUAAGAUACUAAUCUCAUAUUGUCCAAAACUACUACAAGAUGGAAAAAACUUGGAUAAGAUGUUUGACUUGUGUUUCCUAAAGAAGUGGGCUGCAGUUGACGGUGGUUUUAAUAUCCAGAUUCCUGGAAGAAUUAUUCCAAGUUGGUUCAAAGAACAACAAAAUGGAUACACCAUAGCAUUGAAGUUACCUCCCAAUUGGCAAACCCAAAUUAUUGGGUUUGCUGUGUGUUGUGUUUCAACAACAUGGAUACGGGAUCCUGGUCUAAAUCUGAUAUUUGAAAACAAUGAGAUGUUGGUUUCAAAGUCGGAGGCAAAUAUCAUAGAUGAAAUCAUACAAGAUGCUACUGAUUGGAAUCUGUGGACUGGUUAUAUACCCUAUAGUUUGUUCGAGGAGUUUCAUGGAGACAAUGAUAACGGUUUCGAAGGUGAAGAUUGGUUUCAUAUGUCCCAAGGUAAUCUUGUCUUUGAAAUACCAAGCUAUAUUUCAGAGUAUGUUGUAAGGUGUGGGGCAAAAGUUGUGUACAGAGAAGAUGUCGCAUCCGUUGAUCUACAAACCAUUCCCUUUGUUUCUUCUUUUCAUUGGGGCUGGAAGCUUACAAAAGAUGAGGUCACCAAUUCAUUCAAGUGUCAGCUAAGCGAAUUGCUAGUCUCCAACUCUGGUAACUAA